AUGUCAGAACCAGUAAAACUUUAUGUCUACGACCUUUCUCAAGGUAUGGCUCGUUCCAUGUCGAGAUCUUUAACUGGAAAACAAAUUGAUGGUAUUUGGCACACAUCAGUUGUUGUUUUCGGCCAGGAGUUUUAUUUCGGUCAGGGCAUCAUGGCAUCAGCACCAGGAACAACACAACAUGGUAGACCAUUGGAGGUGAUCGAUAUGGGCGAAACAUAUCUGCCUCUAGAGGUAGUUGUUGAGUACAUUGAUAGUUUGAGAUCCGUCUAUACUGCUGAGAAAUAUCAUUUAUUGGAUUUUAAUUGUAACACCUUUUCUAAUGACCUUUGCCAAUUUUUAUGUGGCAAGACAAUUCCUGGCCACAUUACCGAUCUGCCAGCAGAGUUUUUAAAUACGCCUUUUGGACAAUCCAUUUUACCAAUGAUCGAAGGCAUGUUUGGACAGUCGAAGUUAAGUAACGGUAGUAGUAGCAUAGCGCCCCCUCCUUCAGCACAAGCAGCCUCUAUGCUUCAAGGCGUUUCAUCUGCCGCUAUGUCAGCAGCUCCCACUACUGUGCAACCCGUACAAUUUGUUAGUGAUUCCAAUGUAAUGGAAAAAUAUCUCACACAGUACAAAGCCGUCGCGGUAAUGUUCACUUCAGCUACAUGUCCACCUUGUAAAGUGAUCAAACCUGAAUUUAUAAAGAUGGUAGAAGAAAAGCACCAAGGACACGGGGAAAUCAAAUUAUUGGGUGUAGUUAUGGAUACUGGAUCUCCAGCAUUUCAAUCUCACAAAUACAAUAUUCGUGGUGUACCCACUUUCCAGUUCUUUUUAAACGGCAAGAAGACUGCCGAAUUUAGCGGUGCUAAUUACGCAGAAUUAAAAAGUCAGGUGGAUAUGUUACUGUUUGAUGCCUUUCCUCCUCAUCCUCAUAGAAAAGUUCUUCUUCGCUCGAUUGUGGAUCAACCUAAUGUGCCUAUUACAUACGCAGUACCUGGAAAAUUAGACAUGAUUUAUGGAAAGUUAAACACAUUUUUACAAGAAGCAAAUAUCGAAUUAGAUUUGAACCAAAAAAAGGUGUUGGAUGGAUCAAAAGCUUAUUUGGAAAAUCCUAAAUCUAAUUCGAUUGACUUAAAUGGGUGGAAACUUUUAUUAGAUCAACUUUUAAACAAGUUAAAAACCGACCAGCUGUUUCCUUUAUUGGAUAUUUUUAAGUCGUUAAUUAUACAUAAGCAAGUGUCUGAUUUUUAUGUUACAGAUCCAACUCAAAUAUCCAAAAUAAUGGAGAUUGGUUAUACACAAGAUCCUGCACCACUGAGAGCAACAUGGUUAAUGAUUUUAAGGAUUUCUUGUAAUAUCUUUGCCAACACCAGCCUGUCUACAACGCAUUUUACAUCUAACCUCGCUGCAUCACAUCGAUCUGAACUGACCCAACUAUUGAUCACCAGCUUAUUAGCAGAAGAUGCUCAAAUUCGACAAGCUGCCGCCUCUUUGGCAUACAACUGCUCAACAAGCAUUGCCAUCGAAAGAUUAAAGAAGGAAGAAGGUACUUUUAAGGGCAUGGCAGAACAAGAGGAUGAUGAUUGGUUAGUGGAGUUAUCCAGUGCAGUUUUAGAUGCAUUAACAAAGGAGACAGACCAAGAAAUCAAUAUAGAUGGUAUUCUCAAUGCUAAAAAGAAUGAAAAUAUUAUUGAAUCGAGCAAGGUGUUGGCAUUAGCAAGAGAUAUUUCCGAAUUAGUUAAAUUGAGUUCGCAGGAAUAAAAGUUUUAUUUUUAAGCAGUUUUUGCUUCCUCUAAAUAAUUUGGAUUUGAGGCUAAUUUUCUUGAUAAGUUUUCAUACCAUGAUUGGAAAGUUUUUAAAGGUAAAUACCCAUUAUCCGUCAACUGGCCCAACGGAAUAGCAUUGACGGGAAUAUUUUGGACAGUAAAUGAAGUUACGUAAUUAAACAGGUUUUCUAAAAUACGGCCUGCCAUUUCUCCUACUUGAGUUACAUUCAUUCCUGGCUUAACAAGCGCCGAAGACGUAACGGGUUGACUCAAAGUUAAAAGUUGUUGUUGAACUACAUCAAUGGGCUCAAUUGAAAUACCCAAUGUGGCCGAUGUAGACAUCUGAAGAUUGUUUAUAGCUGAUUCCUUUGUUUUCAGUCGGAAAAUAGCGCUUGGUUUUUCAUUAAACAAACUAGAUCAUGAAAGAAUUAAACAAUGUUAUUAGCAACAUAA